AUGACCGCAUCAUUGACCACAGACUCAGUAGCCAAUUCGAUAUACCACAACCUUAUCACCUCAAUUAUUCAAGAUAUUGUUUCUCGCCAAACGGUCAAGCAGAAACUUAUCAAGCAGCAGUUCCCCGAUGCAAAGCCCUACCAUUACGAUCCAUCAGGCACAUACGAUAUUCAUGGCAAGCCCAAACAAGCGGACUCGGCCGUGUAUAUUGAGUGCAACGUCUGCGGCCGUGAGGUGAGUGGGAAUAGGUUUGCAGCGCAUCUCGUAAGAUGUUUGUCACGUGGUAAGAGAUAG